AUGAAAAACUUUGGCAAACCAACACCAAGGAAUCAGCCAAAACAAAAUCCAAAGCCUGCCAAACAAACUUCUACAAAAUCUCCUGGAAAAUCUGAUACUGGUAAGAAAAAGGGAAUUGAUGAUUCCGUUAACAAACAGACAGAUAAGGAGAUUGAACGAAAACAGAAGAGGAAGCAUACAAAAGAGGAAGAUGAAGUGCUUAACAUUGGAACUUCAAAUAGUAGAAAAUCACAGAAAGAUAACGAAUCACCACCAGAAAAACCAACCACUGCUGCGAAACUCAAAACCACUGCUGAACCUAAGAAGUCAGAUUCUGAUACACCUAAAACAAAAGUCUCACCAGAAAAACCACCUGUCAAAAAGCAGAAUACAAAAUCCUCAUCACCACUGCCAACCUCGACUGAAACAAUUGUUGAUGCAACAAAUGUUUCAGCAUAUGUUAAGACAACAGCGGUUGAGACACCAGUUGUUUCAACAAUUGUUAGUCAAUCCACUGAUUCUACCCAAUUUCAAUUUCCAUCACAAUCAACCCUUACAGUCAUGGCACCUUUUUCUUCCCUAACUCCUCCUUCUCCAAAAUCUGUUUAUACAAGAAAGAGAAAAUUCAUGGUGCAUGAAGAAGAGAAGAAAGAAAAAGAUGUACCCGCACCAAUUCCGUUAUCAGCUACUCCAUCAACAAAGAUCAAAUCAUUGGGAGUAACUUUCCCUCUAGAACUGCUUGCAGUUCAAGAUGAAAUGACUUAA